AGCAUUCUUACCCAGACAUGUGCCUCUGUCACUCAUGUCCAUGCAGCCACACAACUACACCGCACACACAGUUGCAUUCCCACUGUGUCUUCUGUGUUCCAAGCACAAGGCUGGCACACCGCUCUGCUCUCCCCAACUCUGUGCAGGCCGGAUCAAAGACCUGAGCAAUAUCCCUGAACCUCCUGCUAGCUUUGUCACCUUUUUCUGUGGAUUUAUUGGGUUUUUAAUUGCCGAAAACUCAUCAGCUGAUUUGGUUUUAUAGAGUGAACAGAACAGAGACACUCUUCCGGUGUGUGGAUUUGUGGUUUAAAAGGAGCUGUACAAGUUUUCCAACAUGGCACCCAUGCAAGGUUGGAUGGUGGGGCUCCUGCUGGUGCUCCUGUGCCCGUCACAGCUCCCACUCUCUGGGGUGGUCAGCGCCCAGGAGGUCCACGUCAGAGAUGUUGAGGAGAUCGUGGCCGAAGAGGGUGAAACCGCCGAGGGAGGUGAUGAAGAAUCAGAUGGUGGGGAAGGAGAGGAAGAAGAGGAGGAGGAGGAGGCGGCAGAGGAGGAAGAUGAAGCUGAGGAGGAAGAAGAUGCUGAGGAGGAGGCAGAAGAUGAGGAGGAAGAAGAGGAAGCAGAGGAAGAGGAAGCAGCAGAGGAAGAAGAGGAGGAGGCUGGUGAGGAUGAAGCAGAGGAUGAGGAGGCUGAUGAGGAUGCAGCACAGGAAGAUGAUGAGGAGGAGGAGGAGGCUGGUGACGAUGAUGAAGAUGAGGAGGAAGAAGCUGGUGAUGAUGAAGAUGAGGAGGAAGAGGCUGGUGAUGAUGAAGCAGAAGAGGAGGAUGAGGAGGCUGGCGAUGAUGAGGCAGAAGAUGAUGAUGAGGAGGAGGAGGAAGCAGAUGAGGCUGCAGCUGAAAGUGAGGAAGAAGAAGAGGAGGAGGAUGAUGAGGAAGCUUCUGAAGGAGAGGAGGUAGCUGAGGAAGAGGAGGCCGGCGAUGCUGAGGAGGAGGAAGCAGAGGAAGAGGAUGAUGAGGCUGAAGUUGAAGACACAAAUGAAGAGGAGGCGGCGACUGAAGUGCUGCAGUUCCACUCUGGAUCGGUGUGUGGCGUUUGCUCCAUCUGUGAGCAUUGCUCUAAAAACUGUGACAACUGCCCCUGUGAGGAGGGAGACGAGUCGGAUCACUGUGAGAGCUGCCAAAGCUGCUCAUCCUGCUACAUUUGCCCCAUACUGUGUGAUACAAUUUGCACACCAGGCGGCCUUGUUGAUGAGCUGACCGGGUCACUUUUUCAGUAAGAGUCUUUGCUGUCACAACACGCUGACAACUCAACAAUGCAGCGACACACACAGCGUUGCUACACUGGUGGCUUUACUUAAUCUUCUACUUUUGUGUUUUCUUCUUCUUUGCAGGACCUUUGCCUCUCUGCUCUGAACACCCUGAGAUGUUGUCCUUUUAGUUUAGUUCCAGCUCUCAGGACUUGGCUGUCCGGCUGCUCGUACCUCACCAGCAGGAUUUAACGUCCAGCAAGAGCUUGUCGUGAACUGUACAGCUGACAGAAAAAGAAAUAUUCAUGUUUUAAUUUAUGUUUAGAUGAGAUUUGUAACCUGAACUAAAAAAAAGUCAUUGUGUAGACUUUUUCCUAAAUGGGACUUUUUCUCUAUUUUUUUGUAGGAUUAAUAUUGUACAGCAACUUCAGUUGUUUAUAGUCAUGUCUUAGUGGCAGGAAUCUGUAUUAGAAAGAUGAACAUGAUUGCCACACAUGCAAAUUUCAGCACAAUCUCACACACACACACACAUACACACACGCGCACACACACAUUCAUACAGAAACAUUGUACACAGUGUUACUAAUAGUGAUCCGAUAAUAAAUUUAGUUCUUUCUGUAAAAAUGUGUGGAAUACGUCUGAUCUGUACAUCAAAAGCACAGAUUUCAGUCUCUUCAGCUUAUGACAUAUGCAUGUUUCAGUUUGGGAUUGAUAUUAAGAAAUUAGAUUUAGACAGGGCUGUAAGCAAUGUUGGUCCCCUUUAAGCUACAAAAACUCAUCUGACGAAGUGGGGCAGGGACUCAGGACCUCUGGGGAUGUCAUGGUGGGUCCUGUGGGUGGCAGGGUGGGACUGACCUAGGUCAGGCAUCCCACAGAUGCUCAGUAAAAUUUGGAACUGUGGAGUGUGGAACC